AUGUCUUCUGAGUCGCAGCCUAGGAUUCUUCUUUUCGGUGCCGGUAGCGUGGGAACAGUAUAUCUGUACCUUCUCAGCAAGGUAGCUUCAACUACUGCCGUCUGCCGCUCGAACUACGAAGUCGUAAAGAAAGACGGCUUCACCAUUAAUUCAUCGAUAUUUGGCCAGAAUCUGCACUUCAAACCCAACGUUGUACGGGAUUGUGAAGAAGCAGCAUCUCAAUCGUCGGAUCCAUUCGACUACAUCAUCGUUUGCAGUAAGGCUAUCCCGGAUACGGUACCGAAGCUUAUCGCUCCUGCUGUAACACCUGGACAUACGGCUAUCGUACUUAUUCAGAAUGGCGUUGGUAUCGAAGAAGAAUAUCUAAGGGCAUAUCCGGACAAUUCGAUCAUUAGUGCCGUUGUGUAUUUACCUGCCACCCAGCGGCCAGCCGGUGUCAUUAAACACGGCGAAGUCGAGCAACUCCAAGUCGGAGCCUACCCAUCAUCUGCGGAAGGAACGCAUGCGAAAAAAUUCACAGAGCUUGUCACUUCUGCCGGUGCUACAGCGGAAUUCUAUGACGAUGUUCAGCAAAAACGAUGGUUCAAGCUACUUGUGAAUGCGUCCUGGAACCCUAUAUGUGCUCUUGCUCUAAGCAAAGACACGGAUGUACUCAUUGCUUCGGAAGAAGCGAACGGUGUGGUUCUAGCCGUGAUGUUGGAGAUUCGCGAUAUUGCGGCUGCUCACGGAUACGAAAUCACAUUGGAAGAGGUAAACGUUCAGCUCGGGCGGGCGCAGGCCAGGAUUCCGAACAAGUCCGGUAUUGAACCCAGUAUGCUUCAAGAUGUUCAGUCGGAUCGAAGAAUCGAAGUAGAGGCUAUUGUAGGUAACCCGGUCCGGAUGGGUAAAGAGAAGGGUGUGGCAUGUGUGCGGUUGGAAAUGCUCUACAUCCUUGCGAAAGCUUUGGAUAUCCAGAUUGGACGAAGAAAGUGA